UUCACAGCGGGUCCUCAGCGCGACGAAGGCUUCUCUUAAUUAAACUCAUCGUGUGUGAGUAGAAUCUGAUCACCUCCCGGGCUUUAUGCGGACUUCCUGCCUCGGACAGAGAACUGGUAGCUGCUGUCUCCAUCUUUGAAGCCGCCUGCUCCUCAGCUCUGUGUGGAAACAGCUGCAGAAUGACGACACAUUUCAGGAGCGGCCCAGCCUUCGGACUCUCUGCUGAGGUCAAGAGCAAGCUUGCUGGGAAAUAUGACCCACAGAAGGAAGAGGAGCUGAGGCUGUGGAUGGAAGAUGUGGCGGGCAAAAGAAUUGGAGAAAACUUCAUGGAGAGUCUGAAGGAUGGAGUCCUGUUGUGCGAGCUGAUUAAUAUUCUCCAGCCAGGCUCUGUGAGGAAGAUCAAUCACUCUAGUCAGAACUGGCAUCAGCUGGAAAAUAUCGGGAACUUUGUUCGUGCCAUCACAGAAUAUGGCCUGAAGCCUCACGACAUCUUCGAGGCCAACGAUCUGUUUGAGAACGUCAACCACACUCAAGUCCAGUGUUCGCUCAUCGCUUUGGCUGGAAUGGCCAAAUCCAAAGGUUUCAACUCAAAGUAUGAUCUGGGAGUCAAGUAUGCUGAGAAACAGCAGCGACACUUUGCUCCUGAGAAGCUUAUGGAGGGGAGGAACAUCAUAGGCCUGCAGAUGGGCACCAACAAGCUUGCCAGCCAAAAAGGCAUGACCUCCUACGGGACGCGACGCCAUCUGUACGAUGCCAAGAUAGGUAUGGACAACCCAGCAGACCAGUCCACCAUCAGCCUACAGAUGGGCACCAACAAGGGAGCCAGUCAGGCUGGCAUGGUGGCACCUGGAACCAGGAGGCACAUCUUUGAUAAGAACCUGCAGCUGGAGAAAUGUGACACCUCCACUAUUUCUCUUCAGAUGGGCACCAACAAAGUGGCCUCCCAGCAGGGGAUGACCACCUACGGCCUGCCCCGCCAGGUUUAUGACAACAAGUACUGCACCAACCCUAUUGAGACCUACUAUAACAAUGGGAGCGAGGUCGAGUUUGAUGGUUACAACCAGUACUCUGAUUAAAAGAAGCUACGGACAAUCUCUCCUUCUGUCCCCCUCCUCUGCUUUAAAAUUAGACAACCAACCACAGCUGUCUUUGUGAUUAGCAAACUUU